GAAGGUAAAUCCAACCGUGUACGUUAUGCAUGUCCAAAUGAUUACUCGUAGGUGUGGAGGUUGCACGCGUCCUCAACUACUGUAUGCUUUGUCCCCCCCCCGCGAUUUCUGUCACUUUGGUUGAUGUGGUUGUGAUAUUUUGAUGUAUGGCAUACAUGUUAAUGGAGUAUUGAAAUCGAGAACUGCCGGACAGAAAAAAAGAAUUAAUGAGUAGAUUGGAUGGAUUGGAAUGGUGCUGGUCACAUAUGUAGCUGAAUUUUAGUAUACUAAGACCACUCGAGGGCGUCAUGCACCUUACUCAAUUUUCCCUCCUAGUCUUCGCGACAGGAACAGGACUAUGCAAUGCUUCUCUUCUUCGUCGAACCCCACAACCUGCACCAAUAUCUACUGCUUCAACGACUCUUCAAACUGUCACAUCAUCACCUACUUCUCCAACUCAACCAGAAGUUACAACACCACCAGGCCUCAAACUCGCUCAAAUCGCAGGCAUUCUCACAAUCCUUCCAGAAUGCAAUCGCUACAUCCUUUCAUCCUCCAGCGCUGUCUCUUCAAAUGGCGCAUCCAACGUUUCCGACCAAUUGAUAUUUCUUAGCACGGCCGCUGCAGCCAGCAUCUCCAUGGCACAAGCCAGCAUCUCCGCUGCUGAUGCUAGUGCUUCUAGUGCUAUUGCUGAAGUUCAAUCAUCCGCCUCGGCAGCAUUGGCAAGUGCAAAUUCGGAAGUAAUAAGCGCCCAGGCAAGCGCCAGCUCACAACUCGCAGCAGUAUCCGCAUCUCUUAUUUCUGCGGCAGCAAUGGCAACAAAUAGUGCUCAAGCAGCAGCAUUAGCGAUAGGUGCUGCGGCGACAGAGAGUGCAUGGGCUAUUUCGAGUCAGCUGGCUGAUGCAACGACGGCAGUACAGUUCUCGAAAGCGACAACUUUGCCGAUGACGGUCGCGGUCGUAUUGAUCCUUGGGACGAGUUUUGCGACUGGUGUUGUGAGUGUUUUGGUUUAUCGAUUUAUCUUUAGGAGGAGGUUAAAGAGGGAAAAGGAAAGUGAGAAUGAGAUGAGGGAUGCACAGAAUAGGAAUGGAAAUGGAUACUAUGGUGGUGGUGGAAUGGAAAAGGGCCCAAGGAAUUAUACAACUCCACAUCCGGGGACAUCAUACAAUUAUCCCGCCACUCAGCACUCCUCAGUUUCAACCUCUUACCCGAACGAAAAAUACAUUUCACGAUACACCCCUCAACCCGAAGAAGAAGUCAUCAACAGAGAUUAUGUAGAAGGAAAUUAUGAAAGAGGCAAUGAAGAUAAUUAUUCUACACACGAUAUAAUCGACAUUGAAAAGGAAAUCGCAGAAAUGAAUUACCAGAUGAAAAUGGCCGAAGCGGAAUUAGGGCGGAGAGAUAGAGAACGAUCUUUCAGAGCAAGUGAGAGUGGAUUAAGCAGGAGUAGUAAGAGUAUUAGUGUUCUAUUUACUCCCAGAGACGUACCCCAGAAGGCGGGAGAAAGGAGAGGAAGUGGGGCGAGGAGUGUUAUGAGUAUGGGAAUUGGUGAGAGAUUGAGAAGCAUGAUGCCUUCUUAUCGACAAUCCCAGGCUUCUUCUUCUUCUUCUUCUUCUUCUUACGAAUCGAAAGAAUUUUCAAAAGAUAGCAUACGAAAUUCCACGAGAGAAAUGACUGAAAGAGAUUUGGAGGAAGGAGAAGAAAUUAUUUUCACGUUGGAUGAAAGACCACCGCCGUUACCUAAAUCAAACCCGGCAGCGGUUACGAGACCAACGCAUGCUUAUACAAAUAGUGAUACCAGUAUUAUGACGCUAAGUCCGAGUGUUUAUGACGGUGGUGGAAGUCAGAGUUCGAAGCGGGGGAAAGGGAAGGGACCUUUUAUCCCUUCGAUUGGGAAGGCUUAUUGAUUGAGCGUCUCGCAGUACGAUGUACAAAGAUAUUGUGUAGUUUUAUUAGAUAUUUUUAUUUUACUUUCGGGUUAGGAGGAGAAGGAAAAAGAGGGCAGGAUACCAGAGAUUUUAGCAGACUGUUUAUUGUAUUUUUUAAGGUUACUCUAUAUGAAUAAUGAACAGAAAUGUUGGCGUA